AUGCCAAUAGAAGAGAACAGCAUUCAGGAAGUAUAUUCGAUUGGUGAACAUGGGAAUUUCGCCUCGGAGUCGCGAGAGGGCGUCGGGGGCAGAGGCGGAGGCGGAGGCGGCGUCGUCGGCGUCGGAGGCAACCGGCUUCAGCCGGGGGCGUCGGAGUCGCGAGAGGGCGUCGGGGGCGGAGGCGGCGUCGGAGGCGUCGGAGGCAACCGGCUUCAGUCGGGGGCGUCGGAGUCGCGAGAGGGCGUUGGGGGCGGAGGCGGAGGCGAGGUCGUCGGCGGGGCGUCGGAGUCGAGAAUGGAGAGAGAGAGCUCGUCGGCGAUAAUGGAGAGAGAGAGCAGAGGAGGGGGAGAGAAGCAGCUUUCGUAA